CCGCUGAUUUAGCCGCUGAUAUGCGUCGAAGUUAUUCAAGAUUGUAUUCUUUAUCUUCUUCUUUUAAUCCUAUUAGUCUUGCAAGCAAGCGAAUGAUGUCACAGAAACUUUACUUCGGUCCUGGGGAAUUCAUUUCAUAUAACUUCUCUCAGGGUUCUCUCCCAGGGGUAAUAUUUCUACCAGGGUUGAUGUCUUCCAUGAACGGAACGAAAGCUUUAGCGCUGGAGGAAUUCUGCGUAAAAACUGGUCGCGCAUAUACACGGUUCGACCAUAGAGGUCUAGGCGAGUCCAGUGGGAAGCCAGUGGACUGCACAGUCAGCUCUAGGAAGGAAGAUGUGCUGAGAUUAAUGGAGGAGAUUAAGGGCCCUCAAGUUCUUAUUGGUUCAAGUCUUGGUGGCUGGAUCAUGCUUCAUGUUGCCAUGGAAAUGCCAGAAAGAAUUCAGGGUUUGAUUGGCAUUGCUACAGCAGCAGACUUUGUGUCAAGAAGAUUUGACAAUCUCCCAUUGGAGACCAAAACUGAGAUCCAAAAUAUUGGCUAUUGGACCAUACCAUCACAGUUUAGUCAAAAGCCAUAUAUAUUGACCUGGGAUAUGAUCCAGGAUGCAAGAAAACAUGUGCUGCAAGGUAGGAUUCCUAUUUCCUGUCCAGUCAGGCUAAUUCAUGGCAUGAAAGACCAGGAAGUCCCUUACAAAGUAUCACUAGAUGUUUCUGAUAGACUUCUUAGUAACAAUGUACAGCUGACUUUACUCAAGAAUGGUGGGCAUCGUCUGUCUGAGCCCAACAACUUAAAGGUUAUCAUAAGAACGCUAACAGAAUUAUUAGAUGAACUUACAGAGAAUAAAGCCUCAAAGCUUUAAUUGUAAGUUUGGUGAUAAUAAUUUACAAAAAGGUUUCAUCUUGUUUUUCAUGUACAAAAAUUCAUAAAAUUCAUUCAUUAUUUCUA